AGCGUUUGGAAGAUUGAGACUUCGUGUGAGAAACGUCCUUGUUAUUAUCAAAAAUUAUGGGUCACAGAGACAAAUAUAAACACGAGCGUAGGUCUAGAUCAAGAGAAAAAUAUCGAUCAAGAAAGAAGAAGCACUACAGAUCAGACUCAGAAAGUUCUGAAGACAAUGAAUCACGACACAGAGGGAGAAAGCAGCGCCACAGGUCCGAUUCAUCAGAGGAUUCAGAACACAGUUCACAGGGUGUCAGAAAAUCACACAAGAGUUCACAAGAUCGCAGAGAAUCACACAAGCGAACACAAAGGUACAACCAUUCUGAUAGUUCUCAGGAGAGCAGAAGUCCAUCUGAUUCAAGGGAAAGAAAGAGAAAGAAAGACAAAAAGAAAAAGAAGCACAGAUCAAGGUCAAGGUCACCUGUAGUAAGAAAGAAGAAAAGACGUGAGAAAAGCAGUGAAUCAUCAGACACAGAUGAUGAUAGUAGGGAUAGAGGAAAAAUGUCAAGGUCAUCUCGAUUGAGUCAGGAAGAAGUUGACAAAAUGCAGGAAGAAAUGAGGAGAAGAAAAGAAAUAAUUAAAGCAACAGAGACCCCUGAGGAGAAAAGAGCUCGAAGACUUGCUAAAAAGGAUGCCAAAGAGAGAAAAAAGAGAGAAAAGAGUGGCUGGGAUCAAGAAUAUAUGGGUUACACAAAUGUAGACAAUCCAUUUGGUGAUGAACAUUUAACAGAAACAUUUGUCUGGUCCAAGAAGAUAUCAAAGGAGGGUAAAGAAGCAUUAGACCAUGAAGAAAUUCAUCAGAUGACCAAAAAGAAGAUGGAGGAAACCAGAAUAGAAUUGGAGAAAGUAAAGAAAAGAAGACUUGAGAGGGAAAGAGAAAGAGAAGAGAGGGAAAAAGAAAGAGAAAUGUUACAGCGUGAGAAAGAGUCAGAAUAUUACAGAGAAUGGGAGAAAUCUGAGGACACUUUCCACUUGCAACAAGCCAAGUUACGAUCAGAGAUUCGAAUCCAGGAUGGACGUGCCAAGCCUAUAGACUUGCUGGCCAAGUAUAUCAGUGCAGAGGAUGAUGAAUUGGCAGUAGAGAUGCAUGAACCUUACACAUACCUUUAUGGUUUAACAAUAUCUGACCUGGAAGAUUUGUUAGAGGACAUCAAAGUCUACUUGGAGUUAGAGCAGGGAAAAAAUACUGAGUACUGGAGGGAUAUUGUCACUGUCACGCAAGAUGAACUUAUGAAAUUGAAAAAGUUGGGAAGUACUAGUGAUUUCCGAGAUAGAAGAGAGGGUGUAAAUGAAGCUGUGAAUGAUGAAGUGGUCUCUGUGUUCAAAGGAAAGACAACCAAACAGUUACAGCUUUUAGAAGAACAGAUGAAAAAGAAAUUAGAGGGAGGAGAGGGGGUAGAUGUGGGUUACUGGGAGUCAUUAUUACAACAGCUUAAAGCGCACAUGGCAAAAACAAGGUUAAGAGAGCGACAUCAGGAAGUGCUUAGGAGAAAACUGUUCAAGCUUAAACAAGAGCAAGGUAUUGAGUCCAAUCCUUUAUUUCCUGCUGGGGUUAGAAGGGAAGGAACUCCUACCUCUGGUCGGUCAACACCUACACAAAGAAGAGAUAGUCCUGCACCAAGAGCAACAACUACAAUUACAGGGGAGGCAACAAGUGGAUCUUCACUAAACCAGGAAGAAGCUGGUCCAAGCACUUCUGGAGAACAUGCUGAAAGGGACGAGGCAGGAGAGGGUGAUGAUGAUGAACCUUUGAUCACAGAAGAGGACCUGGAGGAGGAGGUUGAGGAUCAGUGUGUUACUGACUACAGGGUCGGCUCUUACUCUCCCAAACUCUUCAAGCCAGCUGACAUAGAUGAUAUGGAUGCAGUUAUAUAUGAUCCUGUGGAUGAUAUGAAGAAACUAGAGCUAGCUAGAAAACAAGUGAAAUCUACAGGCAGAGUAACGCUUGAUCAAGAAGCAGAGUUUGUUCAGAAAGCCCGGGAAGGUAUGGAUGAUGAGGAGGCACAGUUCAGUGUGCAACAUGAGCUUGAAAAACAGUCUUUCCUCUGGUCAGAUAAAUAUAGGCCUAGGAAACCAAGGUUCUUCAAUAGAGUACAUACGGGAUUUGAAUGGAACAAAUACAACCAAACACAUUAUGAUAUAGAUAACCCACCACCCAAAAUAGUGCAGGGAUACAAGUUUAAUAUAUUUUACCCAGAUCUCAUUGACAAGUCAAAGACACCAGAAUAUACAAUUACACCUAUUCCUGAGAAUCCAGAUUUUGCCAUAUUAAGGUUUCAUGCUGGACCACCAUAUGAGGAUAUAGCAUUCAAGAUUGUGAGCAAAGAAUGGGAACACUCAUACAAAAGAAGCUUCAGGUGUCAAUUUGCAAAUAACAUUAUGCAGUUAUGGUUCCAUUUCAAAAGGGAAAGAUAUAGAAGAUAACACAUACAUGUACAUUUUAUGCUCAUUUUUGCUGAUUAAUUUGGAUCCCAGUCUAUAAAACUGAACUUGGAGACCAGUCUCAAAACUCUGACCUCUGAUUGGUUAUUUCUUAGCAUAACCUUGAAAUUGACAUGUGAUAAGGUUCAUUUGUAAAAUUUAUUCUCAAUCUUGGUUAUAGCCUUGGAACAAGAAUUAUUCAGAAUUUAUGUGGAUGAACAUUUUCUGGCACAUAUUUAUUAUUUGAAAGCAUAAAUAAUAUGAUGAGAUACUUUACUUUGAACUGAAGGUGAGAUUUUGAUAACGUUGUAUCCAUUCAUGCAAUUGGCAGUUUAAAAUGAAUUUUCAGAUGUUAAUAGUGAAAUGUGAUCUGUAUUUAUUGACCUGAACAUAUGUUAUAAUUAAAGUUGUGUUGUACCAAUGAGCACAUACAUGCACACUAUUUUUGCCUUAUACAGAAAGAAAUGGUUAUAACUAGUUUAAAGCUACAACAAUAACAAGCUGUUGUUGAUUAUGAUACAUUGUAUAUAUUUGUAAAUAAAAUGAUUAAUUUGU